GGCUCUCUGAACACGAUGUCCACACCUCCUGCCAGCAAUGGUGUAUUCGUCGUCAUCCCGCCCAGCAACGCCAGUGGCCUCCGCCCGCCUCCAGCCAUCCUGCCCACCUCCAUGUGCCAGCCUCCGGGGAUCAUGCAGUUCGAAGAGUCACCGCUGGGGGCGCAGGCGCCCAGGGCCACCCAGCCACCUGACCUAAGACCAAUAGAGACCUUCUUGACCGGAGAGCCCAAAGCUUUAGGGACGGUGCAGAUCCUGAUUGGCCUCAUCCACCUUGGCUUUGGCAGCGUCCUGCUCAUGGUCCGCCGAGGGCACCUGGGGAUGCUUUUCAUCGAAGGUGGCGUCCCCUUCUGGGGAGGAGCUUGCUUCAUCAUCUCUGGGUCCCUCUCGGUAGCAGCUGAGAAAAACCACACCAGUUGCCUGGUGAGGAGCAGUCUGGGAACCAACAUCCUCAGCGCCAUGGCGGCCUUCGCUGGGACAGCCAUUCUUCUCAUGGACUUCGGGGUCACUAACUGGGAUGUGGGCAGGGGCUACCUUGCUGUGUUGACCAUCUUCACCAUCCUGGAGUUCUUCAUCGCAGUCAUCGCCACCCACUUUGGGUGCCAAGCCACCCGUGCCCAAACUAACGCAUCUGUGAUUUUCCUACCCAACGCCUUCGGCACGGACUUCACCAUCCCCAGCCCAGCCGUCUCUCCACCUCCUGCCUAUGACAAUGUGGCAUAUAUGCCCAAGGAGUCAUCUGACUAGUAGAUCGCAGCUCCGCGUCUACAGGAUGGAGUCCAGGCUUCCCAUGCUACCCAGCGUUCCUCCACCCUCACUUUAUUCGUUCUGAGGCAGCCCUUCCACAACCAGGCUCUCCAAGUCAUCUACACUGCGGCACCGAGUGAUGUGUUCCAUCAGUUUUUCAUGUCCUCCUGUAGUUUCUUUCUAAAAGAGACAAAAGACUGAUGUCCAGGGUACCCAGCCCUGUCGCCUGAUAUAGAUGUCCCCUGGGUUCCUCUGCGCUGUCCUCGACUCAUCGUGGGAAAUCUUGAC